AUGGAGGGGCCCCCUGGGGGGGCCCCCCACGAGGCAGGGUCUUCAGGGCUGCGGGAGGGGGGCCCCAACGAGCUGCUGCAGCUCCAGCAGCAGCAGUUGCUGCUGAGGAAGCAGCAGCAAGCUCUGCAGCGGCUUCUGCACCAGCAGCAACGGCGACAGCAACGCCGCCAGCUCGGGACAACAAGCAGCAGCAGCAGCAGCAGCAGCAGCAGCAGCAACGGCAGCAGCAGCAGCAACGGGCCGUAUGCUGCACACAAUGCGGGCACACAGAUGGGCUUCCGCGGAAGCCAACAGGGGUACCUCUUGCAGGAGCAGCAGCAGCAACCACAGCAGCAGCAGCAGCAGCAGCAGCAGCAGCAGCAGCAUGGGCGACAGCCACCUGUGCAUUCGGCCACACGAAGUCUCUCCCACGUGCUCAGGCAGCAGCAGCAACAGCAGCCACUGCAGCAGCAGCAGCUACAGCGGCAGUUACGGCAGCAGCUGCAGCUACAACAGCAACCUCUGCAGCAGCAGCAGCAACAGCUGCAGCAGCAGAAACAAUUGCGAUCACAACAUCAGCAGCAGCAGCUGCCGCCGCAGCAGCUGCUACUGCAGCAGGCGCAUCAGCAGCAGCAGCAGCUGCAGCUGCACUUGCAGCCGCAGCAAAAGAAGCAGCAGGAGCAGCUGCAACCGGAGCAGCAGCAGCAGGAGCAGCAGCAGCCGCAAGAGGCGCAGGAAGAGCAGCAGCAGCAGCAGCAGCAGCAGCAAAAGGAGAGUGCGCAGCAGCUGCAGGAUCAGCAGCAAAUGGAAAGACGCCCCCACCAGCACUCGCAGCAGGAACUCUUGCUGCUGCUGCGCCCCGAUGCAGCAGCACAGCGAGCGCAGCAGCAGCUGCAGUUUGCUGCUGGAGUUCCAGUGUAUCCUUUGGGCCUCUUUUGCCUCCGCCUGCUGCAGCAGCGCCGCGCAGCAGCAGCAGCCAGCCCCCCACAGCAGCAGCAGCAGCAGCAGCAGCAGCAGCAGCGGGAGGCCAAGAGUGCCUGUUGCGUGAGCAGCAGCGCGAGCAAGAGCAGCGGCAGCAGCAGCAGCUGGAGCAGCAGCAGCAGCAGCAGCAGCAGCAGCAGCUCUUGCUGCUGCCUGCAUGCGCCUGCAGCAAGAGAGUGCGGCUGGUGCUGCCUGCGGCUGUGGGGCCCCACAGAAGGCUCUUUGGAUUUGCUGCGGGGCUCUCUUCUUAUAGAAGACCUGCAGGGGUUGCUGCUGCACCGCCAGCGGCAGCAGCGGGGGCAGCAGCAGCAGCAGCAGCAGCAGCAGCAGCAGCAGAGGCCAGUUGUGGGGCCCCACACACUACAGUAA